GCAACACACAGGCUGUCUCGCUGACAACUUUCUACGUAUCUCCAGUAUAACUUGUUAAACGUAGUACGAAUUGUGCAUGAUACAUUAGUCGUUAGUAUACUACUGACGAACCGUCGAAAGGAGUAACCUCGUAGUCAGAAUCGCAUCACAAACGCAGUGGAACUGCAAAAACCUCGUUCAUGGUGCUGAGCGACCCCAGUACUCGUUAUAAGGUUUCCUAUGUACUGGAUUCGGCUGGAGAACAGAGUGGACAUCGUCUGAAUGCAAAUUGCUUGGCACUGGGAAAGUACUCAUCCAAGUACGAAAAUGUCCCGCUAACGAAAGCGCUCUAUAGCGGCGGCAGAGACGGUUUGCUGUUCGCCUGGGACCUUGGUCAUGAAUACGACGGUGACUAUAGUGUUCUAUCUAAAAUUCAGGCCCAUUCUAGUUGGGUCAACGACAUUGUUGUCACUCCGGAUUCCAAUGUCAUUUCUUGUUCUUCUGAUCUUUCGGUAAAACUUUGGAACCCAAGCGGUCAGGAGCCGUAUUCCCUUACAACGAUUGGAGAACAUAACGAUUAUGUUAAACGGCUAGCCAUUCCGAAAAAAAGUCGGUCAAACAUCGUCGUGUCCGGCGGGCUGGACAAGCGAAUUGUUGUUUGGGAUUACCAUGAGGCCAAACAAGUGCUCGCUUUGGAACAAGCAAAGAAUUGUUCCGUCAUCGUUGGUCCUGCCAGUGGUAUUUACUCACUUGCUGCUAAUCAAAGCGUGAUUGUUAACGGGGGACCUCAAAAAGAUGUUCAGUUGUGGGAUUUGCGCUCGGGAAAACGAGUCAUGGACCUCGUGGGUCACACAGACAAUGUUCGUGAUAUUCUCAUAAGCGACGAUGGACAGGCCCUUUUGACGGCCUCAUCAGACGCAACCAUUAAACUUUGGUCUUUGCGAGCUCAACGUUGCAUUCAUUCCUUCACUUUGCAUCCGGACAGUGUGUGGUCCCUGUAUUCUGAGCACCCAGACCUGAAAACAUUCUAUGCGGGUGAUCGUUCUGGUCUUAUUUCGCGUACAGACUUGCGUCGUUAUAAUUACUCUGAAGUUUGCGUUCCGGUUUGUAAACAAGAGCAUCCCGUCAUCGAUUUAGUUGCUCGCAACAGUUUAAUUUGGAGUACUGGUCCAAUGUGUUCCAUCAACGUUUGGGAUGACCCAGAUCCCGUACACAGCAGUCAUGCGUCCUCGCGUGUGUCCAUGCAGCCCAGUACUCAUUCGCGUGAAAACUCUUUGUCCAACCGUCGUUCGCGCAGCUCUGCGUUAGACUUGAACACGGACUUCGAGCCGUCUUCGGCAAUGACAACUUCUCAUCCUCGUCAUUCUAUCGAUAGCAUGGUGAGUAAUAUCUUCACAAGUGUUCCUAUUAAAGUUGCUCCUUUGAAAGUUAUUCAAGGGCAACCGGGUUUAGUUAAGCACACAUUACUCAGUAAUCGCCGGCACGUUCUCACUGAAGAUACGAAGGGUAAUAUUACCCUUUGGGACAUCGUUACCUGCAAGCGUGUGAAGGAAUACAAGCCUCCGGUCACGAUGGAGGAUGCCAUAAAUCGGCACGACACUAUGGAAACUUUGCCGCGUUGGGCUAGCGUGGAUACGCUUCUCGGAGUCCUGUCUGUAACCCUUGAUCAGCGGCACUUUAUGGAUACGGAAGUUUACGCGGACGAAACUGGAGUGGAGAUUACACAGUUCAAGGACAAGGAAUCGCGUAUAAAUUUGGGUAAGUGGGUUUUGAGAAACCUUUUUGCGGGAUUCAUGAAGAAAGAGCUUGAGCUUGAUAUGGAAACUCGUAAAAGUAUAUAUAAAGACUUUAAAACGCGACAAAGUGUCCCUAUUUCUCUAAACCCCGAGACUUUUCCACGACUACCAUCGCCCCCCAUGCGACCACAGGUGCUGCAGCCGAUGAAGUCUAUGAGUGCUUUGCCUAUGCAAGGAAGAGUUAGACCCCCUCCCCUUAAUCUCACCGAACCUGCCCGUACAUACAGUCAACAAAACUUGACUACCUCUCCGCUUAUGUCUCCGUUGUAUGAAGGAAAGCCGCUGCCAUUCAGUCCGCAGUCGCCGAUCGAUGGUUUGUCUGGACCGGGUCUCCCCCAACCGACGCUUGACAGCGUGUUCUCCAAACAUAACUCUUUGAGUUAUGAUGCAUCCACUUCAACGGAUUACUUCUCGUUUUCACCGCCGACACCAGACUCUUCUCAAUUGGAACCGCAGACUCCUAGUACGGUAAAAUUCCGCGAGACAUCAUCUCCACCUAAAAGCAAAGAGUCUUUUAUGCGUCGUUUAAAGUCUUUAGGACGGUCUAAGUCUUCACGAACUUCGACAGCUAGUAGUCCUAAGAAUCCCCCUGUACAACCUUCUUCUCCCUUACAAUCCGCACCGCUAGUGUCGGCUCCGACUUCGCCGGUUAAUAAAAAAGUGGUUGACAUUGUGCCUAAGCCUGAGCCGCGUCGCAUUUUGUCGGCCGCAGAUUUGCUUAAGGACAUACGCAAGUCUUAUACUCUGGCUGAUAUGACCAAAGGUAUCCCCAAUAGCAAGCUUGUUCGUUUGCUACCUGAGGAGACGCCUCCAUUGGAUAUUGAUAAAAACACUCUGAUAAUAAUCACGGGAGAGACCGCUGUCGCUGGAUGUGGCAAGGUAAUUUACCAAGGUCAUGCAGGAACACUCUUUGAAGAUGCUGAAAACUUGAGGAAGAUUAUGCCGGCUUGGUUAGCCCGGCUCGUACUGUUGAACGAGAUGCAACCAAAACAAAACUCGACUGUGAACUUCACUGUGCAGCCGUUGCCAGAAUCCGGUCUGCCGCCAGUAUUGAACAAUACGACUCGUUUGAAUGCAGGUUCAUUGAUGCGCGCCAAGAAGAUUAUUGACUAUGGAAAGGAGCGGUUGCAAAGUCAACUUGAUGAUGUUUCUGACUUAAUAUUGACUUGUCGCGGAAACGAGGUCCCUAAAAACAUGACGCUAGCUACCAUCAGGACUCGUCUAUGGAAGUCGUCUGGUGAUGUUGUUUUGCACUACUCUCUUCCUGAAAACAAAACUGAUGAUGUAGAAGAAGAGCGAAGGAGCUUCGAAACACCAUUUUAUGAUUCAACAUGAUGAUUUUGUUUUAUAUCUCCAUUUUAUUUAUCUUUCAUUUUUUCCUCCUUUUAACUAUUAUAAUUAUGAAUUAUAAUCACGGAAGUCUUACCAACUGCUUCUUUCAUUAAUGAAUAAUUCACCCUUAAUAGUCUGCUUUCUUCCAUAUUUAAGGAUUAAAGCUUCAACUUUCUCCAUGUUGAAAGCCAAGUCCCUAACGAAUGGGACAAUUUCCUCAUACUUCCAUUUUUGUUUAAGUUGGAAUAACGACUGAAACCUCCGCGAGACGUCUGUUGGCAAGUGAUGAACAGAAAGGUACUGAACUUGACCGUUUCUCGAUAUGAAAAAUAAAUCCUUUUGCAGCGUUAAUAUAUUUUCUGUUUUUUGAACUUAUAACUUACUUUCAACACAUCUAGAUCAAUUUCUUCAACUACGUCAGGUGGAACUAGUUGCUUCCAUUGCUCAACGAAUUGUUCUGGGGACGCUGUAACAAUGUCUAAGAGUAACUUUCUUCCAAACCAGUAGGCAAUUCUUUGCUUGUCAAGUUUUACACAAGUAAGUUGGUUCUCCAAAGGGACUUUUGUUGUAGAGAUGCCAUGUAAAACUGACUGCAGAAUAUCCCUAUCAAGGUCGUCUUGUUUGGCAGUUUCUUCGAGUUGGUUCCAAUUUCCUUCAGCUUCAAGACCCUUUUGUCCAUUGAGACUCACAUAGAUAGCACAUAUCCACUGAAUAUACUCACAAAUGACAGCAGGUGUUAGCCUCCAGCAUUCACCAUUUUUAAAUAGAACACAUUCGUCCAGGAGAAUUUGAUCAAUUUCCCCGAUGCUUAAAGGAAUCAUCACCUUCAGUUCUUUCAUAGCAAUUCCAUGUAGAUUCUAUUCGCGUUAACUAAGGAAGCGGUGGGAAAGCCGAGUAUUUUCUGUUUACCUUGUUCAUAUCGUCAAGUGACCAGAGGGGUAAUAGCUCUUCAAGAUUGACUGUACCGUGAAUUCUAUCCAGCUCUAAAUAGAUAUCACAUCUCGUCUUUAAGUCCAUUGUGUUUUGGGUUUUCUCCUUUUCGAACAAAAGAAGUGAGUUUGAUUGAACGACUUGUCGAAUAGCAUAGGUUUUUGAACGUGUGCAUAGGACAGACGUACUUCCAUUCUUGUCGGGUUUUAGCAGAAUCGCGCUAAAUGUGAUAUGUUAGAAUUAUAAUAGCUUGACGUGCUUUCAACGCCUUUUCCAUUUAAUUUAUGAAAUUCACAAAUUCAAAAAACGAACCUUCGAUCUGAACAAGAUUCAAUCUCCCGAAGCAAUUCAUCGUUCACUUCCAUAAGCAUUAACCUCUCCUCCUCUGGAGCAUAUUGUAAAUGAUAUUUUUCAGUGCUCA